AUGGCCGACGAUAAGAAGAGAGAAGAGUACACCGUCGAGAUGGACAAGCUCGACAAGGGCAACAAGGAAUUCGAGGCGGCGCCGCCUCCGCAACCCCGGACCCCUCCGAGUGCUGUCGCUGGCCACCCGGCCCUGCCAGUUCUGGCCUACUGUGGUUCCUCCAUUCUGAUGACCGUCAUGAACAAGUAUGUUCUGUCGGGCUUGGAUUUCAACUUGAACUUCCUGCUGCUCAUGGUCCAGUCUCUGGUCUGUAUCACCGCCAUUCAAACAUGCAAGACCAUGGGUCUCAUCACCUACCGUGACUUUAGUGCCGACGAGGCCAAAAAGUGGUUCCCCAUCACUCUUCUCCUGAUUGGCAUGAUCUACACCGGUUCCAAGGCCCUCCAGUUCCUUUCGAUCCCCGUGUACACGAUCUUCAAGAACUUGACCAUCAUCCUCAUCGCCUAUGGUGAGGUUCUGUGGUUUGGCGGCUCCGUGACUGGAAUGACCCUUUUCUCUUUCGGUCUUAUGGUCGUCAGCUCCAUUAUUGCCGCCUGGGCUGAUAUCAAGCACGCCCUAGAGAGCAGUGGUGAUACUUCCAGCCAAGUGUCGACCUUGAACGCCGGUUACGUCUGGAUGAUGAUCAAUUGCCUGUGCACUUCGUCUUACGUUCUGGGCAUGCGCAAGCGCAUUAAGCUGACCAACUUCAAAGACUUUGACACCAUGUUCUACAACAACCUGCUAUCCAUCCCCGUCCUGAUCGUCUUCACUCUGCUCGUCGAGGACUGGUCCGCGGCCAACCUGGCCCGCAACUUCCCCGAGGCCAAUCGCAACGGCAUCUUCUUCGCUAUGAUCCUGUCCGGUCUUUCUACCGUCUUCAUCUCCUAUACCUCCGCCUGGUGUGUGCGUGUGACCUCGUCGACCACCUACUCGAUGGUCGGCGCCCUCAACAAGCUGCCCAUCGCCGUCUCCGGCCUGGUCUUCUUCGAUGCACCUGUCACCUUCCCCAGUGUGUCGGCUAUCUUCGUCGGCUUUGUCAGCGGCAUUGUCUAUGCUGUGGCCAAGAUUAAGCAGAACGCCAUGCCCAAGACAGGCAUCCUGCCCACCUCCAACCCGCUGGUCAGCGCCAGCAGCCAGAGCAUGCGUGAUUCCCUGCGGUCCUAG